CACUCCAGAGAUGAGACCGACGCGUGGGGCCCACUCCAGAGCACCCACGAAAAUCUUCUCCCGCACCAACGCGUUCCCCUUUACCUCGCCGCCGGCGCCACCGCGCCGUCGCGCAGCCAUGCUCCGUCUCCGCCUCCGAUGCCACGCCCUCUCCCAGCUCCUCUCGUCCCCAUCCUCGUCUCCCAUCUCCCAGCUCCUCGGCUACCACAGCCGCCUCCUCUCAGCGGCCGCGCCCGUCGUCUCCCCAAACCCUAGCUUCGCCGUCGAGGAUUACCUCGUCUCCACCUGCGGCCUCACCCGAGCGCAGGCCGCCAAGGCCUCCGCCAAGGCCUCCGCCAAGCUCUCCCACCUCAAGUCCCCCGCCAGGCCCGACGCCGUCCUCGCCUUCCUCGCCGGCCUCGGCCUCUCCGGCGCCGACGUGGCCGCCCUCGUCGCCAGGGACCCCCGGUUCCUCUGCGCCGGCGUGGAGACAAUACUGGCUCCCAACGUCGCCGGCUUAACCGGCCUCGGUCUCUCGCGUUCUGACAUCACGCGCCUCCUCUCGGUUGCCGGCAUACACUUCCGCUGCAGAACCAUCGUCACCAAUCUACACUACCACCUGUCCCUCUUCGGCUCCACCGACAACUUCCUCUGUGCUCUCAAGCGCAACGGAUCCUGCAUUCUCUCGUCCGACCUCGACAGGGUGAUCAAGCCCAAUGUCGCGCUUCUGCGAGAGUUUGGGAUUGGUCCUUGUGAUAUUGCCAAGCUGUGUGCCGCUCAGCCAUGGUUGCUCACCUGCAAUGUAGAGCGUAUCCGGGCGAUGGCGGUGAGCGUCGAAGGUCUGGGUGUGCCCCGUGGAUCUGGGAUGUUUAGGCAUGCGCUGAAUGCUGUUGCUUUCGUCAGCGAGGAGAAAAUCGCCGCCAAAGUGGAGCAUUUGAAGAAAACGUUCAGGUGGUCGGAUGCUGAGGUGGGCAUUGCUAUUUCUAGGGCUCCAAAUGUGCUGAACAAGACUAAGGAGUUUCUGCAGAGAAGGUCAGAGUUCCUGAUCUCUGAUUUGGGGUUGGAACCCGCAUACAUUGCUCAUCGCCCUGUAAUGCUCUCGUACAGCCUGGAGGGCCGGGUAAGGCCCCGGAGCUACGUUGUGAAGUUUCUCAAGGCAAAUGGAUUGCUAGAUCCCGACCGGGACUUGUAUUCCGUGCUUGUACUGUCUGAGAAGGUAUUCAUGGAGAAGUACAUAUGCCCUCACAAGGAAGCUGCACCGUGCCUCGCUGGAGACUAUGCUGAUGCUUGCAAAGGGCUACUGCCGACUAAUUUCAGAUUUACAUGAAGCAAGGAUGGGUUAUGGAAAUCGGUAACUGUGUAUGGCAUCACAGUUUUCACCAUUCAUAGUAAGCUGGUAAUUCACAUUAGUAUUUUUUCCCCCUAAAUAGAGAUUGAUUUCUUCUAUAGUAUGUCUUCCAUAUGCUGGCUUGGUCGCUGCUAAUGCCUAAUGAAAUUGAUAGUUUAAUUCAUGAACCCUGUGGUGUUGAUGUAAUGAUGUUCUAGUUAAGUAGACGUGAAAGCAUCGCCUGCAAUCUCUGGAAAUGAGAGUCCAUGAAUAUAUUUGUGUUUCUGACUUCCAUUUUUAGGAUAAUGGAAAUUGAA